AUGGACUCGCUCCAUUCAAGUCUACAUCACCCGACGCAACGUGCCUGGAGUGAGCCACAUAUCCAUCCAUCACAACUCAUGUAUCCAUUGUUUGUGACAUUGCGCAUCGAAGAUAAACCAAUUUGUGGUCUAGAGCCGGAGAUGCAGUGGGGACAGGGUUCUGACGGCAGCUUCUCGACGCUCGUGGCCCAUCUUCGCGCACUCACAGUCAAGGGCUUGACAAGCGUUAUGCUCUUUGGUGUCGUAGAGACAAAGGAUGAAAGAGGAUCGAUGGCUGACGAUGAGGCCACACCCGUUAUCAAGUGCACUAUGGCGCUCCGCAAGGCGUUGCCGGAGCUGCUCGUAGCUUGUGACGUGUGCAUGUGCGAGUACACGGACCAUGGACAUUGCGGUGUCCUACGUGACGUGGACGGUGAGAAGGUGCUGGACAAUGCAAAAACCCUGGAGCGUCUCACAACCAUUGCAUUGGCAUAUGCCAAGGCUGGCGCGCACAUGGUGUGUCCAUCCGACAUGAUGGACAACCGCAUUGGCGUGAUUCGACAAAUUUACAACAGGAAUGGCUUUGAGCACGUAUCUAUUAUGGCUUAUACGUCCAAGAAAGCCUCAGCCAUGUACGCGCCGUUUCGCAAUGCCGUCGAGUCGACGUUCCAAGGCGAUCGCAAGCGCUACCAGCACCCAGUAGGCAGCACGAGUCACGCUGCGUUGGCGUUUGAUCGCGACGUCAAUCAAGGUGCAGAUAGUGUGAUUGUCAAGCCUUCUCUUUUUUACUCGGACAUUGUGGCUAGCUUUGCUGCUAAGAAGAUGGUGCCCGUGGUCUGCUACCUCGUGUCUGGCGAGUACAAAAUGGUGAAAGACUACGGCGACUCGACCAAUUCGCUCGAAAGCGUCGUGCGUGAAGCUCAUUUGUGUCUUUUGCGUGCUGGUGCUAGUGUGCUUAUUACAUACUUUACUCCAUAUAUUCUCGACCACUGCGCUACUUGGUAA